AUGGCUGACUUCGUCCUCCGCGACUUUACUUCCUUUUCCACGAAAGAGCGUGCAUCAGUCGCAGAGAAAGUCGCGAAGCUCGAACGCAAAGUCUUCCCAGCCAUCGAACAUUUCAAUUACGAUGUUGAGCUCAAGAAGAAGAAUACUAGCCUUAUAGUGGCAUUUAGACACGAUGAUCCCAUCAAUGUGGUCGCAUAUCUUGUGUACCAGCGAAUAAAGCGCCUAGUAUGGCUCCACAAACUUUGUGUCGUGGAGCAAGAGAGGGAAAGGGGUCUCGGCAAGCACCUCGUGCUCGCCCUUCGUGCCCAGAUGGAGCAGAGUGGCUGUCAAAGUAUCCAUCUGUGGGUGGAUGAGAGCCGCAAACCAGCUAGAGCCUUGUAUACAGCAUGCCAAUUCCAGCAAGCCGAGUAUCGCGCAGCUUACUAUGCCGAAGGACGAUCGGGAUUGAGGCUGGUGCUGGAACUGGGAAAAUGA